UCCUUGUACAAUUAUGUAUCAUGUCCAAAUAAACUACAUGAAUAUGAAUAUGAACAUCGGGAAGUCGGGCUCGAUACGGCUCAUGAAGUCAGUGGCCCUGAUAAACCCAACAAACAAAGAAAGAUAGUCUCAUUGCUGACCUUCACUAAUGACCUGGUCCAGGACCGUCACCACUCAGGAUACUACUGCCAUGACCUCUCAAGUUCACAAACAAUUAAUACACUUUGUCAUGGUUUAUUGUCCUCUCAACUGAAUGACACUUUGGUACUUUGUUGUUCGAUACGUGAAUUGAAAAACACAUCCUACUGUGGUCUUUUGUCAAGCAAUACAACGGCUGUUUGAAUCAUGGCGAUUGCAUGCAAGAUUACAGUUGAGCCAGUCCUCCUCCUAUAUAUGUUAGCAGUAUUCAUGCUGCACCCAGCCUUGCAAGAUCUUAUCUACAGCAAGGUGUGUCUAGAGGAUUACACCGAAAGUAUAUGUGAUAACCUAUAUGCCCCAGAGAAUCAUCUGGCUCUUGACACAGUCCAGACUGGUUCUUCACACUGGGUUCAAGGAUCCACCUUCAUGCUAGCUGUUCCAUCCAUUGUCACAGCUCAGUUCCUUGGUUCUUGGAGCGACACUUAUGGACGGAAAAUACCCAUGCUAUUACCCCCAGUAGGUGCAAUGUUUGCAAGUCUACUGUACAUUGUGAUGAGUGUCCAGCUGUCUCAAAUCCCAGUGUCUCUUAUACUCCUGGCAUCAUUCAUCUCUGGGAUAUGUGGAGGCUUCACCUCAUGUAUCAUGACAUGUAUGAGCUAUGUUGCACAGGCCAGCAGUUUCCAUGCACGAACAAUGCGUGUGGGAAUCCUGGAGAGUAUGAUAUUUGUUGGUGGCACAAUUGGACCAGUCCUGGCAGGAUGGGUUCAGAAAAUUGGUGGACGGUCCUCCACUUUCACUCUCAUUAUGACAUGUCAUGCAGCAGUUGUCAUCUAUAUAAUUGCAUUUGUUCGCAAUAUUCCUCCAAGGCAUCCACCACAAACCUCGUGGAUCCGUAGUGGCUGUUCCUUUCAGCACUUGAGGGAGUGUGCAGGAACGGUCGUGAAAGAGAGGCAAGAAAAACGGCGCACGUAUCUGUUGUGGUUACUUGCUGCUGCCACUGUUGUUAUGAUUUGUACUUCUGGCGAGAUGGAUAUAUCUUACUUGUAUGUCAAAGAUAAGCCAAUUGAAUGGUCUUUCGAAAAGUAUACAUGGUAUUUUUCACUGAAGUAUGGCCUAGGGGCAUUAACACUUCUGGGGAUUCUACCAUUUUGUUCCAAAAUACCAGAUAUGAUCCUGGCUCUGAUUGGCCUGACAAGCAAAUUAGGAGGUCUGGCGCUUUUAGGAAUUGCCUGGGAGGAUACUUCUGUCUUUCUCAGUGCUGCCCUAUCGAUGUUAAGUACCUGGAUCCUUCCAACACUCAGAUCUGCCAUGUCCAAGUUGGUAGAACCUAAUGAACAUGGCAAAUUAUUUGCUUGUGUAGCUCUGCUGGAAAAUGUAUGCACACUGAUUGCUUCAGGAGUGUUCAACAGUGUGUAUCCUGCAACGAGACUCAUCUUCCGAGGAUUUACAUUUAUGAUGGCCGCUGGGUUUCUCAUUCUUCCUGUCAUUAUCAUUAGUGUCUUGCACAAAGCACUUCACCAAUUUAGCAAAUAUGACUCAGUAGAAUUAGCUGAAGAGGCCCAAGAAGUGUCUGAAGAGAUGGAACAUGAAGGGGAACCUUCACCUGUGGUUCAAGUGGUAUCCCCCUCUCAGGAGGAAAGCGACUUAAUGUCUGAAGGUAACACAGAAACUCAGAAAGAUGGAGAUGAUGAUAUAUAAUCUAGAUCUGUCUUUUGUAUGUACUCUAGUUCAGAAUUUUUAGCAUAAUUAUUUAAGGGGAAGUGGUAACCCCAUAGAAGUCAUACAGUGCCUGAAGAAUGGGAGGUGAUAUAGUUUGAUUCAAGGGGGAUAGAGAAGUUCUAGUUUCUUGGAUCAAGAACCGUCAACAACAGGGCACCUCCUUUCAAGGGUUGCAAUAUAAUAAAUAGUUUUAUGGUUGCCCUUUAUUAAAUAAAGUACAGUAUGCUGAUUCCAAAUCUGAAGCCAACAUGUCAUGAUUUUUAGUUGCAUAAAAAUGUAUUUUUAAAGCAUUCUGUAUAUAAAAAUUGAGACUAUUCCUUUAAAUUUACAACUGACAUAUAUACAUGCUGUUUGAUUGUCACAGACUCAUCAUUAGUACUCAAAAUAUGUGAAGAUUUUGAAAAAGUCCACAUGUAUUUUUUGGAUAUUGUUGAUUAAAAUAUUAAGCAUAUUGCACAGUUGACUUGUGUAUACUGCUUACCUAUCACUAGGUCAUCAUCAGUACUCAGCAUAUAUGAAAAAUUUAUUUUAAUUUUUUAUAAAUUCAUUGCAUGCUGUGUCAGUUCCAAUUUCAGAUUCGAAAUCAUACUCAAAUUAGUUUAAAAACAUGUACUUUUAUCUUAGUAUCAGUUUUAUUGUUGUCCUGCAUUAUCCAAGUUCAGUAUUAUAAUGAAUAUUAAAAAUAUUAAAGGAGGGGUUUGGGAUAUUGGCAGUUUGGAGGGAUAUGUUGUGUAUCUUUAUGUGUGUAUGCUUCUAGACUGUUGUAUUCUGAGCACCUCUGCAAAAACAGUGAUAAUGUGCGAGUGUGGUGAAAGUGUUGAAUGAUGAUGAAAGUAUUUUCUUUUUGGGGAUUUUCUUUCUUUUUUUUUUGGGUCACCCUGCCUCGGUGGGAGACGGCCGACUUGUUGAAAAAAAAAAAAAAAAAAAUUAAUAAAAAUAAAAAUAUUAUUUUUAUUAUAAUUUUUUACAACACACUGGCCACAUCCCACCAAGGCAGGGUGACCUAAAAAGAAAAAGAAAGUUUUUCUUUUUAAAUUUAGUAAUUUAUACAGGAGAAGGGGUUACUAGCCCCCUUCUCCCAGUAUUUUAGUCGCCUCUGCUAUUAUUACUACAGUAUUAUUAUUAUUUAUAUGGAGUGGGAAAUAAACUUUAACCCUUAAACGGUCCAAACAAAUCGACAUUCAAAUUCGUAUUGCUAUAAAAGUAGAACUACUUUUUUUAACAUAUUUUCAAAUGUAACAAAAAAAAAUGUCGAUAAAAGUUUUUUUUUACACGUUUUCAAAUGUAAAACAAAAAAGAAGAUUACAUUUUUUUACAUACUUUCAGAUGUUGAAAAAACGUAUAUAUACGUUUGGACCAUUUAAGGGUUAAACAAUUUGAUCCAAGGAAGGAGAGGGUAACUUCAGUUUCUUGGAUCAGACCUUCAACAUCAACAUUUACCCAUUUGUUAUUUCUAUAUUAAGUUCUACAUAUUAUGGUCCUUUUAAUUUUUAAAAAGCUCUAUGUAGAAUGAAUUAUUAUUAAACAGUUAAUGUUAAACCCUCGUUGGUCAUACAACACUGGGGUGGCAUAAUGGUCUACGACUUUGGUGUGACUUGCAAUUUGUGGGUUUGUGAAUUUUUUUUUUUAUCACACUGGCUGUCUCUUCCCAAGAUAAGGUGACCUGAAAAAGAAGAAACACUUUCACCAUCAUUCACUCUGACUGUCUUGCUAGAGGCAUGCCAAUGCUACAGUUCAGAUGCCUUUCCAGACUGCAGAUAUCCCCACCCCUCCUUUAUGAAAUAUUGAAUGUAAAUACUAUACUCAUGUUUGUAAUUAUUUUCUGUUGCAUAUGGAAGCAUGUUUAGGAACCAUUCCAAUGGCACAUAGCUUCACAGUACUGAGUUUGCUGUAAAAUGUAUAUUUGUUGAUCCCAGGUGUUUCUGAAAUGAAAAAAAGUUGGUACAGUGGAACCUCAAAUAUCGAACUGCUCCCAACUCAACCAAUUAUGUAAGUGUAUUUUUGUAAGUGCUUUUAUAAGUGUAUUUUUGAGGGUCUGAAAUGAACCAAUCUAAUUUACAUUAUUCCUGAUGGGAAUAAAUUCGUUCGGUAACAGCACUCAAACAGCCGUCUGGAACGAACAAAGUUCGAUAUUUGAGGUUCCACUGUAAUUACAAAUUGAUUUUGCAAAUGUUUAUUUUUGUGUUUAAUAGUUGAACUUGGCUAUAAUAUGUAGUGUUUAAGUUCAGAUGCAAUAUAAACAAUGACACAAGUAAGUCAAAAUCAUGAUCUCCAUGAUGCAAGAAAAUAUAUACUUUUAUAAAAGAUGCUCUAUGAAAAUGAAAGUUACCAUACACUUUUAACUUAUGAUCUAGAUAAAAAAACAUAAAUCAAAUUGUAUAGGUUAGAAAAACAAAAAGUUACACCAAAGAAACAGGUUUGUAAAAGCUCAUCAUGUAUUUGUUUUAUUUUACAAUUAAAGAUGUUUUUAUCCAAGAUAUAUA